AGAUUCAUUUUCUCCAGACAUCAAAGCAGAGAGGACAGCCUUGCUCAGUGUUGUUAAUGUACCACCGACAUGGACCAAAAAGAUAAAGUUCUGAUCUAUAUUUGGCUGGGUAUCGGAGUCCUUAGCCAGCCUGUGUUCUCAGACGGAUGGACGGCAACUGUUGUCAAAGACAUGACCGCCCUGGUCUCAUCUUGUGUGGUGGUGCCAUGCUCUUUCAAAUACACUGGCGCCAAUCGGCCUACAUCCAGACUAUCUGGCAUCUGGCACUUCAAAGAAAAGCCGAAGGAAAACAUCUACCAUGAGGAUAGUGUGAAGAUUGUAGACAACUUCAAAGGUCGCACAAAGCUACUGGGAAGUUUGGGAGAAGGCAACUGCUCCUUGAUGAUGGAUCAAGUGAAGGACCAUGACAACGGACCUUUCUGUUUCAGAAUCGAGAUUCCUACGCACGAUCAAUAUUCCUAUGUCGACGAGUGUGUCCGGAUAGCAAUGCUCUCACAGCCAUUGAAACCGACCUUGCUUGCUCCUAAGACAGCCACGGAGGGUGAGCCUUUCACCAUCACCUGUUCUGUCAUGCACACCUGUCCCUCCGAGUGGCCUUCUCUCACCUGGAGUACCGGAGAGAGCAUCAUCACCUACCACAGGAACCACGGCUUAGGCAAAUGGGAAACCCUUUCUACACUGACCCUUCUUCCCCAGGAGAAGGACGACCACUCGGAGGUCAGCUGCACAGCAAAUUUCCACGGAGGGAAAACCUCUUCUGAGCGAUUCCAGAUCUUCGUGAAACGUAAGGAGAACAUCUGGUACAUCAUUGUUCCUGUCACUGUUGGCCUUGGCACUGCAGUGAUGUUUGGAGCACUUUGUGUUUUGAUGAGGAAGAAAUACAAGAGACAGAUUGUGGAGCUUCAAACCAGAAGUGGUAACAGCAUGUGGAACCGUUUCUCCAGAAUGUCCCGCAGGUUUAACUCUGGUGGCUCCGAACCAGGAUCGGCCUCCACUGAGCAAAGGCAGUUAUUCUACACAUGGAGAAUACACACAAUGACAGCAAUCUACUGGAGUACUGUCCGGUCUACUGGAAAUGUCAAGACACUUGAACAGAAAAACCUGGCAGUAGGACUAUGUGGAGUCGGUUUUCGAGAAGGCAACAAGGCAAUGUGGACCGGAGAAAUCAGACCAAUAACACCCAGGCAAUCUCGAAACCCCGCUUCCCAUCUCCAAAGAGUGAUCCAAAGUCUUCCUGCGCCAAAUCCAAUGAUUAUAGCAGUCGGGGUUAUGAUGAGGAUGCAAGUCUUCAGAACAUCUAUGGGAACGUGUGACCAACCAUGACAUCAGAUGAUAAAGUUUGCUCCUGAAAACAGCUUUUGAAUAUCAAGCGAUCCCUGCUGUCCAACCAGCUUCCUAUUGCUUGUCUCAAUAUGUUUCAAUCACCUGUGUAUUUAAGUGCUUUGUUAAAAUCAACGUUUUAUAUCUAAUCAUUCAAUUAUGUUUUUAUUAGAUUGCAUUCCCAUAGUGUCACCGGGAUAGUCGUGUGGGUAGGAGAAGACACUCAAAACUGCGAUAAUAUUAAUGUAUUUUGUCUACUAAUACUUUUGUUGUUUUUGAAAUAUAAUGCAUUGCUUUGCUUUAUUAACCAAAUAUAGUUAAUAAAAAACAUCCCAAAAGAUGUUCAAGCUUUAAAAGAAACAUUCAAACACAGUAUGUAAGGGUUCAUAUGUAACAAACAUGUCAAUAAAACAUCAUUCAUACUUCUA